CAACAGCUUUGAGAGAAAGAGAGGAAAUGAAUCCACCACAGCCACAAGCACCAAUAAUAUCCCUCCAAAAUCCCAAUAAUUCUUGUUCUAACUAUACAUUCCGCCACCCGCCAUUGUCCUAACGAUAUUAUCCACAUCCUCACUGAACGUCACUUUCCCAUCAUCCAAACAUAUACUUUAUAUUUUCCCUUUCGUGACCAGCUCACCUAUUUUUUUUUUUUUCCUAAAGAAGGUGAAAAUUGUAAUCCACGCACUGAACUUGAUUCCAUAUGGUGGCAUGUCUCUUCUUGUGCCAAGUUUCCAUCGUCGACAUGAAUCGUUUGUCUCCUGUCACCGGAUUACUACCGUGUGCAUGUUCUCAUGAGCUUAGCAGAGAUGCCCAACUAGUGGGUUUUGGGUAUGGAGUCGAAUUGCAGAGAAAGGAGCGGUUGAAGAGGAAGCAUAAGUUUGUUGUCAGUGCGGACUUGUCAAGGGCUUUCUCCUUGAGUAUGGGUUUGGACUCUCAGAAUGUUGUCCAGUCCCAUGAUCCAUCACAGUUGCCUUGGAUUGGUCCAGUUCCUGGGGAUAUUGCUGAAGUUGAGGCAUAUUGUAGAAUAUUCAGAACAUCUGAACGGCUUCAUACUGCGUUGAUGGAUGCAUUAUGCAAUCCUUUGACUGGGGAAUGUAGUGUUUCAUAUGAUUAUGAGGAAAAUCCAGUAUUGGAAGAUAAAAUAGUGUCUGUGCUUGGUUGCAUGCUAUCACUUAUAAAUAAAGAAAAAGAGGGUGUUCUUUCUGGAAGAUCUUCUAUCAUGAAUUCCUUUCAUGCCACAGACAUAAGCAUGAUGGAGGAUAAGCUCCCACCACUUGCCAUUUUUAGGAGUGAGAUGAAAAGGUGUUGCGAGAGUUUGCAUGUUGCUCUUGAAAACUAUUUGACACCUGAUGAUUAUCGGAGCUUGGAUGUAUGGAGGAAACUGCAGAGGCUGAAGAACGUCUGCUAUGAUUCUGGCUUUCCCCGUUACGAUGAUUACCCCUGUCACACGCUGUUUGCAAAUUGGAGUCCUGUUUAUUUAUCCACUUCUAAAGAAGACACAGCAUCCAGAAAUUCUGAAGUAGCAUUUUACAGGGGUGGUCAGGUAACAGAGGAAAGUUUGAAUUGGUUAGUGGAGAAAGGAUUCAAGACUAUCGUAGAUCUCAGAGCAGAAACUAUAAAGGAUAACUUUUAUCAAGCAGCUGUAGAUGCUGCUAUUUUGUCUGGGAAAGUUGAAUCGAUUAAAAUCCCUGUUGAAGUUAGGACAGCACCUUCAGUGGAGCAGGUUCAAAAGUUUGCAUCUUUGGUUUCAGAUUGCAGCAAAAGGCCCAUCUAUCUUCAUAGUAAGGAAGGGGCUUGGAGGACUUCUGCAAUGGUCUCCAGAUGGAGGCAGUACAUGACACGCAGUGCGUCUCAGUUUAGUACUCCCAGUGAUAUGAUGCUACAAGAUACAAAUGAAACCAGAGAAUUUCAGGCCCCUUCUAUUAUUGGAGUGAGCUCCCUUGAAGAUCAGAAAAAUGAAUCACUGAAAGAGGCGUUGGAUAAACUUCAUGAUUCAAAUGGAGUGUCUCAUGAAGUUGAGUCUCAAAUUGAGGAUGAAAUCGGCCAAAGCCUUAAUAGGGCCUACAAUGGUCCUGUUUCUGUUCAGGGUACAACAUCUAUGGAAACAUUUGAUAAUGUGGGAAGAUCUUCAGCUAACAUCUGCCAGGAAACUGAUCCUCUAAAGGCACAAAUUCCCCCUUGUGAUAUCUUCUCCAAAGCAGAGAUGUCCAGGUUUUUAAAGACUAAAAGAAUCUCACCUCCCAUUUACUCGAAUUAUCAGUUUGGUAAGUUGAACAAGUUGCCGGUUUCAAUUGAGCUUGUGGGCAUUGAUCCCAUGUCAGGACUUGAGAAGGCAAAAGGAUCCAUUGGAUCAGUUGGUAGUGAAAAUCUAUCUCCAAAACUUGAGAACUCUUCUGUUGAAGGUCAGAAGCAUCUGAAAAGCAGUAGUUUUACAUCUAUUGGUUCAGAUUUGUAUGCAUUUGGUGAAGGGAAGAUAUAUUCUGUUCCUGACACUAAUGUCAAUACAACUGUGAAGGACAGUUUAAAUGAGCGUGUUGCAUCUAAAUAUAUAGAGGAGCUUCAUACAAAAAAUGGGGUGGCAUCAGGCCUUAGCGAUGAUGAGAUGGGCUCAAUUGAAGGAGACAUGUGUGCUUCUGCAACUGGUGUUGUAAGAGUGCAGUCAAGAAGGAAAGCAGAAAUGUUUUUAGUAAGAACAGAUGGUUUUUCUUGUACGAGAGAAAAGGUUACUGAAUCUUCCUUGGCCUUCACUCAUCCUAGUACUCAGCAACAGAUGCUUAUGUGGAAAUCAACACCAAAAACUGUAUUGCUGUUGAAGAAGCUGGGGCAGGAACUCAUGGAAGAAGCUAAAGAGGUGGCCUCUUACCUUUAUCACCAAGAGAAAAUGAAUGUGCUUGUUGAACCUGAUGUUCAUGACAUAUUUGCUAGAAUCCCAGGGUUUGGAUUUAUUCAGACCUUUUACAGUCAAGAUACCAGUGAUCUUCAUGAAAGGGUUGAUUUUGUGGCAUGCUUGGGGGGUGAUGGGGUCAUACUCCAUGCAUCAAAUUUGUUUAUAGGUGCUGUUCCCCCCAUUGUAUCCUUUAAUCUUGGGUCUCUUGGAUUUCUCACUUCUCAUAGUUUUGAAGACUUCAAGCAGGACUUAAGACGAGUCAUUCAUGGAAAUAACACACUGGAUGGUGUUUAUAUAACUCUUAGAAUGCGCCUCUGUUGUGAAAUAUUUCGCAAUGGUAAAGCAGUGCCUGGGAAAGUUUUUGAUAUCCUAAAUGAGGUGGUUGUUGACCGGGGUUCUAAUCCGUAUCUUUCUAAGAUCGAAUGUUAUGAACAUGACCGACUUAUAACAAAGGUGCAAGGUGAUGGAGUCAUAGUAGCCACACCUACAGGCAGUACUGCUUACUCUACAGCUGCUGGAGGUUCCAUGGUGCAUCCAAAUGUUCCUUGCAUGCUGUUUACCCCAAUCUGUCCGCAUUCUCUCUCAUUUAGGCCAGUCAUACUUCCAGAUUCUGCAAGACUUGAAUUAAAGAUUCCAGAGGAUGCUCGAAGCAAUGCGUGGGUUUCUUUUGAUGGGAAAAGAAGGCAACAACUUUCAAGAGGGGAUUCUGUCCGGAUAUAUAUGAGCCAGCACCCACUUCCAACAGUUAACAAAUCUGAUCAAACGGGUGAUUGGUUUCGCAGCUUGAUUCGUUGCCUAAACUGGAACGAGAGGCUAGAUCAGAAGGCCCUUUGAAGGUUCUGAAACUGAAAAAAAGCCUACUCCAUUUCCAUUUCAGGAUUGAGGUUUGUGUAAAUUACUGUACAGAUUGUAAAUUAGAAUGACCACAGAAAAUUUUACCAACACUCGAGUUAAAUACUAUUCGUCACAACAUUGGCUCCCAUAUGAAGUUAGGGUUUGCAUUUUUUUUCUUCUAUUUUUUUAAUAAAACCAUGAAAGGUUUUAUUACAUACGGUCAAUAAUUACUGAUAAUAAAAUAUAAUCUUACAGCUCU